UUAAUGUCAGUAUAGUUUAGGGAGUAGAAAUACUCUACCGUAAAUUUAAAAAUUAUAUUAUAUUUUUAAAUAAUAUUUUUAAUCAAAAUGGAACCGAGCUUCGUUAUUGCCACGAUCAUAGCAAUCUUCUGCCAACAAAUGGAGCUCUGCUACGAUCCCGCCGGCUAUGUGGGACUGGAGUCGACGCUCUUCAUACUGAUUUCCAUUGUGGCACUAAACAAACUGCAGGGCUACCGGAAAUCAUACAAAACCCUUUGGGAGACAACGGCGGAGAUAAUUUUCAUCUGCCUGACGAUGCAGGUGCUUUUGGUGACCGUGUGGUAUGUCGCCUACUGUUCGCUGCAGGCCAUAGUGGAGGCUCUCUUCAAUAGUGCACGCAGUUUGUUGAGUGACAAACACGUUGACAAACUGAACACAGUGCAGCCAUUCGCAUGGACCAUCUGUAUGCUAACGGUGGAAAUGGCUUUCGUGUUCGAGACCAUCCAGAUGGAUGGACUGCAGUUGUACUUCGGUGUCAUAGAUGAUCUCCCGUCAGAGAGUGUGCUGUCAAUAGUGGCCGAGCAGGAGGCCAAAAACGAAAGGAGGGAGCAGCGCCUGGCCAGGCAGCGGGACAGAGGAUAUUCCCGACAGCCAGCAAGGAGAUCAGUAAAUCGCCGCGGACCGCGUUCAAAGUCCAGGGCAAGUAGAUAGACGGGGGUGACAGCACCUCUGUGCUGAUAUGGAAGCUUCUAUUCUUCAAAUGCAGCCUUUAAGUGUAUCAAAAUUAUUACGAAAUAUAUUUCAACAUAGGAAACAUUAGAAA